CCGCUUCCGGCGCGUCUCACCCCCGCCGCGGCCAUGUCGGUGUUCCACGAUGAGGUGGAGAUUGAGGACUUCGAGUACGAUGAGGAGACCGAGACCUACAGCUACCCGUGCCCCUGCGGGGACCGCUUCCUCAUCACACGGGAGGACCUGGAGAACGGCGAGGACGUGGCCACCUGCCCCAGCUGCUCCCUGAUCCUCCGCGUCAUUUACGACCAGGAGCAGUUCAUGCGUGAUGAAGUCAUUGCAGAACCUCUGCCAAACAAGGAAUUGAUAAAGUGCUGAUGAACACAUCACGAACUGUUAACCUCUUUAGCAUAAGAAAGUAUCGGGAUAGCAACUGCAGAAAGAGACAUGGUUUUCCUCCUGGAAGUGCUCGCUGCUGUGAGAUACAAGUGCAAUAACUGUCUGUCUUCACAAUUUGAAUAAGAAUGUGUUGGGACAUCAAGCACGUGAAUGGCUUCUGUUCAAAGGAGUUGUACCUUUUAAAAAUACAUGAGUUGCCAUAUGUAUUCCAGAACACUUGAGGAUUAUGAUUGAAUUAUGACAGCAAGUCAAUACAUAGAAAUGUAUGGGGUUGUGAAAUUAUGACAUUUGUCUAGCAGUGGCUUCUUAGCCUGUGGAGAAAAGAAGGCUUUGUGUGGGGCUGUAGCAGUAUGAAAUGGCACAGAGAGCUGAAAUACUGGGAAACAAAAUUUAAAAGUCCAGAGGAUGUGAUGCCGUACAGAAUUACCACUUUGACAUAGUGUGGCAUCACCCAGGAUGUGGGCUGAUACUUGAACUCAGAGUGGACAGAAAUUUACCCAUGUUUUCUCAACAACUUUGUAAUUUGACUUGCAGCAAACAUAAACUGGGCUGCAGUUCUUUG